AUGUCAACAACACCCAAUGAGGUUUCGGCAAAUACCAAUAGCAACUUCAACCACGUCAAAAACGUCUACUUUCUAUCGCAGCGACCACAGCGACGGCCAGCAACCAUGAGUUGGGUCACGAGAACGAUUCGCAAUGUUUGGAAGCUCGGUAUCCGGGAUUCCGUUUAUCAAUUAGCUACUCUCGGUGAUACUAAAGUUGGUAUUCUCGUCGGAACCGACUCCUACGGCAAUAAAUACUACCAAAACUACGACGAGGAACUGCCACUACGAAACCGAUGGGUCAUCUAUAAAAACUUCUAUGGUGAUGCAGCGGAAAUAGAACCCGGCUGGCACAAUUGGAUGUCCUAUGCGUCCGACAACGUCCCGAAUUCGUCGGUUAUCCCGAAUACUGGGUAUCAUAAGUGGGGGAAGAACCUCGGAUAUAACCCCACACAGACCCGUGGUGCCUAUAAGCCAUAUAAUACUGUGAGACCGAAGAUUGAGACUUGGGAGCCCCAGGUUGCAGACAGAGGAUAA